GAGGAGGAAAGCAUGGCGAGAGGUGUGAAAAAUGAAAAAGAUUCUAGUGCUCCAUACGAUUUUUGCUUCGUAAAUGAGCGUCCUGUGGAUGAUAUAUCUCUGGAAGUGUUCUACAAACCUCAUACGAUAACACUUUUAACUGUAGCAAUCAUUGUAAUUAUAUAUUCUGUAUAUACUAGGAAUGAAGAUAACAUUGAAAAUAAUAUUUGGGCUGGCAUACAGUGUGUCUUUUUCUUUUUUCUGAUAAUCAGUGUAUUAGCUUUUCCAAAUGGCCCAUUUAUUAGACCUCAUCCUGCUGUCUGGAGAUUAGUUUUUGGUGUGAGUGUUGUCUAUCUUCUUGUGCUGCUUUUUAUUUUAUUUCAAAGUUAUGAUACGGUUAAGAGUAUCAUGUACUGGUUUUAUCCUGACCUUAUUGAUUUUAGAAUUGAUAGUGAAAAGGAAUAUGGUGUGAAUUGUUCUGAUAUUACUUUUGAAAGAGUGUGGAGUCAUGUGGAUGUUUUUGCCUUUGGACAUUUUUUUGGAUGGGCUAUGAAAGCUAUGCUUGUUAGACAUUAUGGUAUCUGUUGGACUAUUAGUGUUGCAUGGGAAAUUACUGAAAUUGCCUUUGCUCACUUACUCCCAAAUUUUAUAGAAUGUUGGUGGGAUGCAAUAAUUCUAGAUGUUUUACUUUGUAACGGCUGUGGAAUUUGGCUUGGAAUGGUACUGUGCCGUAAAUUAGAAAAUGAGACUUAUGAAUGGGAAAGUAUUAAAUCUAUUCCGAGUACUAAGGGGAAAAUACGCAGAGCAGUACUUCAGUUUACUCCUGCAAGUUGGACUCAUGUCAGGUGGCUUGAUCCAAAUUGCACAUACAUGAGAUUUUUUGCUGUUUAUCAACUUGUAUUCUUUUGGCUGGUGACAGAAUUAAAUACAUUUUUCUUGAAACAUAUAUUUGAAAUUCCACCUGGGCAUCCUUUGAGUGUUGGAAGAAUUGUGUUAAUAGGCCUAAUAGUGGCUCCUACUUUGAGGCAGUAUUAUAGCUAUGUGACUGACCCUCGCUGCAAGAGAGUUGGUACACAGUGUUGGGUGUUUGGCGCCAUAACUAUAACAGAAGCUAUAAUCUGGUCAAAGUUUGGGCUUGAACUUGUGGCCCGAACACAAAUUCAGAAUAUACUUCUCUGGUUGCUCAUUCAGCUGGUAAUGUCCUUUAUAUGUCUGUAUAUUUGUGUCCUUUAUGCCAAGCGUAAUCAAUCACCAUUAGAAACGGAAGUAACUAAAGAUUCUCAAGCCAGCACAAGUACUGAAAGCAUUGUAAAACCAAGUAAUGCACAGCAUUCUAAAGUCACAAAGCGAAAAAAUAAAUUUGCAAAUGGACCAAUAAAAACUUAACAUAUUUUCACAGCAAAGAAUGGGUGGAUUUUAGUGUCCUUUGAAAAUCUUUUUUCACCAUUCCAUUGCUAGUUUAAAUAAUAAAGCCUUAAAUAUUUUAAAUUAUUCUUCUAAAAUAUGCACAUAGCUUUUGUGCAUUUAGAAUUAUGCAGCUCAAGAAAAGAGGAAUGCCAUUUAUUCACAUUUAUCCUAUUAAAGAUAUAGUUAUUAAAAAUUGCUUCUAAAUGCCUUGAUAUACACUGUAUUCUUAAGUGUUUUUUGUGAUGUAUGUAUACAUGAAUUUUUAUUUAAUUUAAUUACAAUGAGUUUCAGAUUCAUGGUUUUUUGUUUAAUGCAUAUGAAGUAGACAUUUUUCUUAUUUCUAAUCUGUAAUAUUCUUAACAAUAUUAUUCAUUAAUUUAUGAGGAUUCAUUCAAAAAACUUGCUUGCAAACCAGAAAGUUUUUUAAU